AUGGUGGCGCCUAGCGACGCUAGCCCUCGUCGCGGCUCCGCAAAAACGCUCUACGAACGCCUGUUCAACUGGGUGCUCGACAAGUGCAAUGCUGCCAUUUAUAAGGAAGCUGAAGGUGAAGCCACUUCCGGCACACAUCACUCCAUUGGCGUGCUCGACAUUGCCGGCUUUGAGAUUAUUCAGGUGAACAGCUUCGAGCAGUUGUGCAUCAACUACACCAACGAGAAGCUCCAGCAAUUCUUCAACCACUUUAUGUUUGUUAGGGAACAGACGGAGUAUUUGGAGGAGGGCAUCAAAUGGUCGCAGACGGAUUACGCGUUCGACUUGCAGCCGACAAUUGAUAUUUUGAGCGGCCUCGAAAACGCCCGCGACGAACACAUGGCCCGAGCGCGAAAACAGAGUGACCUCGUCGCCGAGCUCCAGGAGACGAUCUCCGAUCUGACGGAGCGUCUCACCAAAGCUGAUUCCAACGUUGGCGAGGAGCGCAACCAACGGCGCAAGGCGGAGCGGGAGCUCGAGAAGCCCCUCGGCCUCUUCACCCUGCUCGAAGAAGAAUGCGUGGUGCCGAACGGCUCCGAGCCGGCGCUGCUCGAAAAGUGGACGGAGAACUUCAAGGAGGCCGACCAGUUUUCGAAGGCGAAACCCUCGCAAAAGACAAACUCGCUGAGCCACUUCACCAUCAAGCACUACGCCGGCAUUGUCGACUACAACAUUGACGGCUGGUUGGAGAAGGACAGGGACGCCGUCGAGUUUUCGAUUCUGGAGACGAUGAGCCAGAGCCAGCAUCGACUUAUCGCCGACUUGUUCCCGCAUGUUGAUGUAGAUGCUCAAAAGCCGAAGAAAGGCGGUCUCGCCACGGCCACCGUCACUUUUGUGUAUCGCAACCAACUAUGCUCCCUUCUGGAUGCCCUCAACCAAACAUCGGCUCAUUUCAUCCGUUGUUUGCUGCCGAACCGCGAGAAGCAGCCCGGGAAGCUGAAUGCCCCACUGGUGCUUCAUCAAUUACGCUGUAACGGAGUGCUGGAGGGCAUCCGCAUCUGCCGUCAGGGCUAUCCGAAUCGACUGCCGUUCGAUCAGUUUGUCGAGAGAUACGGGUUGGUCGUCGGCAAGGAAUGGCUUUCACGGAAUCGGGCUGCAGCGAGGGAGCUCUGCGAUUUGCUGAAAAUCGAGGAAUCCCGGGUGCAGAUCGGGAACACGAGGGUUUUCUGCAAAGUUGGAGUCAUUUCGGAGUUGGAAGAGCAUCGACGCGAGAAACUGACGGCAAUGAUGACGUGCGUACAGACGGAGAUCCGUACUUUCCUAGCUGUGCAAGACUACAAAAUACGAGUCAAGAAAUGCUUGGCUGUCGACAUCAUCCAGUGGAACGUGAGGGCGUUCAAUCGUGUAGCCCAGUGGCCAUGGCACCGGCUGUUGACACUCGUCCAUCCCCUGAUCCCGAAAGAACGCGAAAAAGAGCGAAUCCUGGAGCUGGAACGCCGUUUGCGCGAGUUGGAAGAGGAGAGGGCCCGGAUGAUGGGCGACAACAAGGAGCUGUGUACGACGAUCCAGAGUCUAAAAGACAACGCUCGACUUGAUGGGAAAAAGGCCGAGGAGGCGAAGGAAAGAGUUGAAAAGAUGCUGGAGGAGAAGAUGCGCGAGCUGCACGAGGUGCGCAGCGAGAUGCACGGCAAUGAGGAGAUCUUCGACCUGCUCGAGGGGAAAUAUCAGCAACAGCAGAAGAGGAUCGCAGGAAUGAGCGAAAGCUUGCGGGAGUACGAGCGAAAAUUCGAAAAGCUCGAUUAUGAGCGCAAGGAGAGGGAGCGAGAGCUGCAAAAGGCAAAAGAACACCUGGAGCGCGAGAGAAGUGAAACUGAGCGGAUCCAGAAGGAGCUGAUGGAGGCCCAGAUGAGUCUGAAGGAGCUGGAGGGCAGGACGGAGAACGUGUUGAAGGAGAAGAGGAGACUUGUUGAAGCUGUUGCUCGCCUCGAAAACGCACGUGAUGAGCACAUGGCCCGAGCGCGAAAACAGAGCGACCUCGUCGCCGAGCUUCAGGAGACGAUCUCCGAUCUGACGGAGCGUCUCACCAAAGCCGAUUCCAACGUUGGCGAGGAGCGCAACCAACGGCGCAAGGCGGAGCGGGAGCUCGAGAAGGUCAAGGACGAGCUCGGCACGUUCAAGGCGGAGGCGGAGAAGAUGCUGGAGAAAUAUGAUUCGAUGAAAGACGUCGCCCGAGAUAAAGAUAAUCUCAUCAAAAAGCUGGAGAAGAAGCUGGCUGAUAAGGAAUCGCUAAUGGAGGAAUGCAUGAAAGAUUUGCGCGAAUCGCAUAAGCACCGUGUGGACGAGCUGAAGGACGAGUUGGACGAGUUGAGGAGGAAGAAUAGCAGGCUGGAGACGGACAACAUCACGCACAAGUCGAGGGUCGACAGGAGCGACUCGAACUUUGGCCUCAAUUAUAUGGGAAGGAGCCUGGAGAGGGAGAGCAGCCUCGACUCGGAUUACGUGUUGGUGGCGGCCGUGCUGACGGCGGCCUUGUGCCGCGUCACGCCGCCUCUCUUCUUCUUCAUCAACUUGGCCCUC